AAAUGUUGUCCGUAGUUUAUAGAAUAAAACCACAAUGUUCGUUUUACUCAAAGAUUUACCUAUAAAUAGAUAGAUCAGAGAAACUAAUUCAGAAAUUGAAGUGUUCUCUUGUUUUUUUCAGAGCUGUAGAUAAUAGGUGUAGACACAAAAAGAUUGUCUUAAUGUUAUCUUUGAUUGGUGUAAAUGUGACUGCUUGAAAUGUAUUACUUCAGCAGUGUCAAAGUCCAAAGCAGAGGCAAUAGCAGCUGGUAGAAUAGAGCAGAAGGCAGAACCUGUCACACCUGCAGGUAGACCGAGUCUGACUUUCAUUCUCAUAUGCAUAAACAGGAAAUAGAGCAACCAGCUCUGAGACUGAGCAGAGAGACUAUUAGUACGGCAGCAGGCACAAGUUUCAUUUUAGUCUUUCUCUGCAUGUUUUGUCGUUCACACUCCGUUAGUCUUUUCCUGACUUCCUGUUUCUCAUCUUCUUCUCAAAUGGGAGGCGCAGCAAGAAGCAGCACUUUCAGACGUUCAGCUUAAGCGGAAUAACCUAAAAGAUGGAGUUUGCCUGCAGUCAUGUUGUUUGCAACUGGAGGCCUGAGAGUCUGGCUGAAGGUCUUUCCCAGACACUGCCCUGUACUUUGUCCAGAACACAUUCUGAGCAUCCUUACGACAACCGCAUCGCUGUCGUUCCAAAUCCAGUUCCGUCUUUAGCACCACCGCCUGUACCACCUCGUCGUUUAACACAAAAAUACACAAAUACACAACCCAUCUCAAUGCCGCCUCCAGUACCCCCUCGAGGGCUGGAGGCUAAAGGACAGACUCGCCUUAAAGCCAACGUAAAUGUAGUGUCACUCAAAGUGGGAAACCUUGUGGACAUUAGUAAAGCAUCCAGUAUACAGAGCAACCAGAAACCAGUGCGCUGUGGGAAGUGUAGAGCGGUGAUGUCGGCAGUGAACAACUCACAAACCUACCCAAAUGUAACUACAUGGUGCUGUGAGUUCUGUGGUAAGGAGAAUAUUCUCUCUCAGAGUGAAGCAAAAAUGGGACGCUCUCCUCUGUGGUCUAGUCUAGGCAGAGACGUGCUGUAUGUUGAUGAGGAGAUAGAUGCAGACUACAUGAACCUCGAGGACAUGCUGGUGGUUUUCUGUGUUGAUAUUUCUGGUAGCAUGAGCGUCACUUCUGAGGUAUCUCCCGGUAACAGCAUGAGAUCGCCCACGUAUGUAUCACGACUGCAGGGUGUUCAGGAGGCCCUGCAGAUGGCACUAUCCUCCCUGCAAAAGUCUUCACCUCACCGUCGAGUAGCACUAGUCACUUUUAAUGAUGAGGUGACCGUGUACGGCGAUGGUACAGGAGUUCCUCUCUCUGUACGGGAUUGGGCUCUAGUGGAUUAUGAUCACGUCAAAGAGCAGGGGGAGAAGUACUCCACACCACACUGCAUUGCAGAGACCUACCAAUUCCUAACACAGAGAGUUAAAGAAUUAAGAGAGCAUGGAGCCACUGCUCUGGGCCCCGCCGCACUCAUCUCUGUUGCCAUGGCCUCUCAGUUUACCGGGUCGAAGGUUAUAAUUUGUACAGAUGGUCGGGCCAAUAUAGGCCUGGGCCAGUUAGAACCAGAAUCUGCUCAUUCUCCUCCACCAUCACUAUAUUUCUACAACCAGUUAGCCACUCAUGCAGCCGAAAAGGGAGUGAUUGUAUCAGUGAUGACAUUUGAGGGAGAGGAUUGUCGGCUGGCGGAGGUGGGGAAGCUGGCUGAUCACACAGGAGGCCGGAUCAACAUAGUCAACAUCGGCACAGUUGCUACAGAAAUUCAGACUGCUCUGGCUGACAACGUCUUAGCGACUAAUGUUGUGUCAACUCUAAUAGCACCGGAAGGCGUGUAUUUUCCUUAUGAAGAGGAAAAUCACAAGCUGGUGAGAGAGAUUGGCAAUGUCACAGAUGGAGUAGAAAUCACUUUCCAGUUUGCUGUCAGACCUGACAAAGUGGACAGUUUUCAGAGAAGGGAUCGGGUGCCCUUCCAGCUGCAGCUGUCUUUUAAGACACGAGACUUGAAGAAAGUGACCAGAGUGAUCUCUCAACAGAAGCGUGUGACAACCAGCAGCUGGGUCUGGGCAGGAAGUCUGAACAUGUCUGUGCUGGGGGUUCACUGUGCUCAGCUGUGUGCCAGGCUCACCAUGGAGGGCAGGAUACAGGAGGCUCAGAGUCAACUCAAAGCCCAGCAGGACCUUCUCAAAGACAUCAGUGAACAGAAGCCAAUUCCUAAAGAGGAGAGCAUCUAUGGUAACUGGAUCAGCACCAUGAGCAUGAUCUGUGAUGACCUCACCAUGGACACACAGCAGGAUAGUACAGAAGACACCACACUGCUUGCCAGCCGCAAACCUUCCACGGGUCUGUCGGAUGAGGCAGCGAAGGUGGUGUACCAGAUGAAGAGAGCGAAAAGUGUCGGACAAAAGGGCCGGAAGGUGGCCGUGUUGGAAAGCUGAAAUGGCGGUUUUGGCUUCAUGCACGGGUUGCAAAGAAAAAAAAAAGUGUUCUUUAUCAAGACGUAUGGAUAUGCACUUACAUGUCAAAUGCCAAGGGACACAAACUAGUAUCACGUUCCAUGACUUUUGCCAAGUUCCAUGAAAGGUGAAUAACACUGCAUUGAAUAUGGGUGUGAUGACUGACAGAGUUGCUGGUCUGUUCGCCAUCGCCUGGACAAAUUCUAGCCAGACAAUGACGAUCACAAUUAUUACCACCUGCUGCCACUGUCCUCUGUGGGUGAUAGUGCCUUCUAUGACAUAUUCCACACAUGCUACACACAUGACACUGUGGAUCAAUGAAUGUUAAAUGCAGGUAUGGGCUGAACUGAAAGAAACCUAUCUAUCCAACUUCAACUCAUUCACAGUGCUUUGACAUGAGCAUGCCCGGGUACUCACAAGAUAACACCUCACAACUUAUACAGGUGUGGACAAUCCAAAGCCGUCCCCUAUGGUACCACUAAAUGAUCACAUAGUGAUUUACAUUCUGCUGUUUUAUGACAUCAUUGUAUAAAAAAACAAUGGCUAGUGUCAGAACAAACUUUUGUAAUAGUUGUAGUAUAAUAUAUUGCCAAAUAGAGUUACAAAAAACUAUACUUUAGCACUGUAUAGAUCUUCCUUUUGCUUAGAGCUUAGAAUAGUGCUAACAGUAAAUUCUCUACUCCAGAGAAUGUAGUAUAAUAUUUUAUGUUUGACUUUAAAACUAUCCAUGUAUCUGUAAUGCAGUAUUGCAACUAAUAUACUACAUCUCAGAAGGUUUAUAAACAUAAAUAACUCAAACUGAUUUCUGCUUUAAUGAAAGCAGAUAUAUUAAAAAAAACUUUUCAAACCUACACGGAUGCUUUUGAAUAAUAAAUCUUAUAUAUUUAAAAAAAUAAAA